UCUUGCUUAUUGUUUGAAAGAUGCCGAUAAUUAUACAAAAUUGUUAUAAUUUUAAUUAAUAUAAUGAUAAAGUAAUAUCAUGUUACGUUUAUGUGCACAUUCCUCAAAAAAUGAAAAAUCUAUUAACAGUUUAAUGUAAUUGGAUAAUAGUUUAAUCACUAAAAAUUAAACCAUGAAGAAUAAAUGACACAAUAGUUGUGUAUUUAAAAAGUAAUUGUUUCACUGUUUAAAUCUUAGUUUAAACUUUUGAAAUAAAUUGUACAAAUAUUAAUAAAACUACAUCUUCUAAUGCAACAGACAAGGCCUUCUCCAUUUGUGACUUCAUGCUAUGGAUAGUUAACACCAUUAGUUAUUGAACCAGUCUUAAUAUUACACAAAUAAAUAUUAAAGAUGCCAGAUCUUACUGUUUCAUCUGAAAUUUAUGAGGAGUAUGAUUAUCAAACUAAAAUAUCUCCAACUAAUAAAGGAAAUGUUAUCUCAGAGUUUCCAUUUCUCUUAGUCAACCAUAGGAAUGAUGUUAAAUUUGAUGAAGAUAAUGAUCUGGAUGUGGAUAGACCGAAAAAAGAAGUUAUAAAAAUAGAGCAUAGUGCUAAAACAAAAUUAGCCCUGGUAGGGCUACAAGUAUGGAGAGGUGCGUUUUUACUCGGCGAUUUACUUAUUCACCUGGGUAUAAAGGGAGAGCUGACAGGCAAGUCAGUUUUAGAACUUGGCGCUGGCACUGGCAUUAGUAGUUUUGUUACUGCUUUGUAUGCAAAGAACGUGGUAUGCACAGAUAUUAAUGUAGGAGGUAUCUUAGAACUUAUAAAGCUAAAUGCAAAUUAUAACUCCAAACUUAUAAAGUCUCAAUUUAAAGUAAUGCCAUUGGAUUUUAUGGAUACUAAUUGGAAUCAAGAAUUAUCAAAUGAAAUAAAAGAUGCUGAUAUUAUAAUUGCUGCAGAUGUUAUCUACGACGACGACGUUACAGCAGGAUUCAUAAGAACCAUAGAAAAAAUAAUGAAUACCAAUCCGCCUAAAACCUUGUAUGUAGCGCUGGAGAAACGCUACGUAUUCACGAUAGAGCAUAUGGACUCGGUCGCACCGUGCUACGAAACAUUCCUUACAUUACUACAUAAAGACAUAACGGGCACCGCAAGUUCUACGUGGUCAGUGGAACAGUUACCUUUAGAUUUUCCAAAGUAUUUUACGUAUGAUCGCGUAAAAGAAUUAGUUGUGUGGAAAAUGACGUCUAGGCCUAAUUAAUGACUGUGAUAUUAAAUAUUAGUUUUUCUUGCA